AUGACCGGCGUGUGGGAGGCCGGGGGGCCCCGGUGCCAGGCGGCGCUCGCGGUCCUGGCUUCGUUGUGCCGGGCCCGGCCGCCCCCUCUCGGGCUGGACGUGGAGACUUGUCGGAGCUUCGAGCUGCAGCCCCCGGAGCGCAGUCCGAGCGCGGCCGACGCAGGCACCUCUGUCUACCUCCUCGCUGUGGUGGUUAUCGUGUCUGGCGUGGCCCUGGUGGCAGUUUUUCUCUUUCUCUUUUGGAAGCUGUGUUGGAGACCCUGGAGGAGCAAGGAGACCUCCAGCCCCUUGUCCGCUGCUGACCCCGCCGAGGAGGCCCUCCAGAGCCCCAGCUCCCCAGGCAACAUGGCAGACAAGCUGAAGGACCCCAGCAGCCUGGGCUUCCUGGAGGCGGCCGUGAAGAUCAGCCACACGUCCCCGGACAUCCCGGCCGAAGUGCAGAUGUCAGUCAAGGAGCACAUCAUGCGUCACACGCGGCUGCAGCGACAGACCACGGAGCCAGCCUCGUCCACCAGGCACACGUCUUUCAAGCGCCACCUGCCACGGCAGAUGCACGUCUCCAGCGUGGACUACGGCAGCGAGCUGCCGCCGGCGGCCGAGCAGCCCACCAGCAUCGGCCGCAUCAAGCCCGAGCUCUACAAGCAGAAGUCGGUGGACGGGGACGAGGCCAAGUCCGGGGCAGCCAAGAGCUGCGGGAAGAUCAACUUCAGCCUCCGCUACGACUACGAGAGCGAGACCCUGAUCGUGCGCAUCCUGAAGGCCUUUGACCUCCCCGCCAAGGACUUCUGCGGAAGCUCUGACCCUUACGUCAAGAUCUACCUCCUGCCUGACCGCAAAUGCAAGCUGCAGACCCGGGUGCACCGCAAGACCCUGAACCCCACCUUCGACGAGAACUUCCACUUCCCCGUGCCCUACGAAGAGCUGGCCGACCGCAAGCUGCAUCUCAGCGUCUUUGACUUUGACCGCUUCUCCCGCCACGACAUGAUUGGGGAGGUCAUCCUGGACAACCUCUUUGAAGCCUCCGACCUGUCCCGGGAGACCUCCAUCUGGAGGGACAUCCAGUACGCCACGAGUGAGAGCGUGGACCUGGGGGAGAUCAUGUUCUCCCUGUGCUAUCUGCCCACUGCGGGCAGGCUCACGCUCACCGUGAUCAAGUGCCGGAACCUCAAGGCGAUGGACAUCACAGGCUACUCAGACCCGUAUGUCAAAGUGUCCCUGCUCUGUGACGGGCGGAGACUGAAGAAGAAGAAGACCACCAUAAAGAAGAACACACUCAAUCCUGUCUACAAUGAGGCCAUCAUCUUUGACAUUCCCCCCGAAAACAUGGAUCAAGUCAGCCUGCUCAUCUCGGUGAUGGAUUAUGAUCGAGUGGGCCACAACGAGAUCAUAGGAGUGUGCCGCGUGGGGAUCAGCGCCGAAGGCCUGGGCAGGGACCACUGGAAUGAGAUGCUGGCGUACCCACGCAAGCCCAUCGCACACUGGCACUCCUUGGUGGAGGUAAAGAAAUCCUUCAAAGAGUGGCAGGGCCGAGCCGCCAGCUUCGACAGCGAGAGCUCGUGCCCGUCUCCGAAACCGCCUCCGACGCCGUGA